AUGUCUUCUUCGCGUAAUGUGAGUAAGAGGAAGUGGAAAUCUUUAGUCAAGAAAACCAAAAUUGAUUCUCGUAGAAGGGAGGCAACUCCAGACCAAUGUGUAUUUUCGAAAAUGGCCUUGCGAUCGAUUUGGGCUUUUGGAGCGAUUAUUUACUCAAACAUACGCCCGCGUGUUAUUUCAAAACUUUCAAAACUUGGCUUGCGGACAUUCCCUUUGACGCAUAGGCCCAGUCUGAGUCGUGUCUUGUUGCGUCAAACAUCAAAAUCAUCUUGUCAGAACUUUCCCCAGUUGUCAACAAUCACAUUCGCUAAGCACGAAGAUGGUUCUUGUUGUAAAACGUCUGCAAGCAACGUGCCUGGCUCCAAAGUGGAACAGCGCCACAACGCGCGUUCUUUCUCUACAGGAUUUGACGAGAGUGGGAAGAAACGUAGAAUUCCACUGAAGUUAAUGGAAUUCCCUGAAAUUUUAUGGCCUAAUAUCAUAAAAUCGAUGAAAAAUAGAAUUUUUGCCUUUUUGAUUACAGGUUAUUUCGACAAAUCAUUCACGAUUGACACUUUCAUAGAGGGAUGUAUACAGGCUGUGUCCCUUGUCUCCAGCUGCAUAUCUGUGGGCAACUUUGACAGUCUGCAGGGACUAGUGGAAGAUGAGGCCAUUCAAGAAAUCCGGAACUCAUAUGCAGAUUUAGAUGUGAGCCAGAGAAGAUUUGUCGGUGUUAAUCCUCGGGAUAUCUUCUUCCGCUUUGUGUACGAGAUUGGCAUGAUAUUUGAUGAUCACUCAGAGAGAAGAUUUGUGGAGGUUACAGUGGUGCUCCAGGGUUUCCAUGGUUACAAUGAAGCCAAAGAAAAGGAACCUAUGGAAUAUUACAAUGAAGUGCGAGACAACCAAGAAAGACUGUAUAUAUGUAACUAUAGGUUUAUCCGAGAGUUCACGAAAGGUGUGGAAGGAGACUGGAGUAUCAACAAACUAAACCACUUCUCUCCCAAAGAAUUUACAAUGAUAUGAACGAUUCGCUAUAAACACAAUAUUCAAAUUUGGAUGACAUGUUUACUCUGGCACUGGGAAUUAUGAAGACUGGUAGUGCCCUAACACAGUUUUACGGUGACAAUAUCAUGCUAUACUCAGAGCUUUAAGGUAGAGACUUUAAAGAAAGACACUUCACUGCUUCCUUCAUCAAACUUAAAUAUAUUGUUGUGUUGCUUAAGUUGUUGAAGAUAUGCCUCACCAACUGCAACUUCCUCCUUGUUUCAGUUUUGAGAACUCACAUAUUUGAGAAUUUUAUUUGUGAAAUAGUUAACUGGCAGCUAAUUGAUUAAUAUCAACCUGUCUAUACCAGACUGUUUGACUAUGAAUCAUAUUUGAAGUUCUGGGUCCUGAUUGUAAAAUUGUGCCCUGUUGUAACUCUAUUGUGUAUCAUUUACAAAUAUUGUAGUGCUAUGAACGUUUUGUGGAUUUGGAUCAAGGCACCAGUGAAAUGAUCCUUAAGAUGUGAUGGUUUGAGUUGAAAAUAGCUAUCUGUAUCACCUUAUAGUUAAAGCAUUAGUGUGUCAUGCUGAAGGCCCAUGGUCAGUUCACCACAUGGGUACAAUGUGUGAAGCCAAUUUCUGGUGUCCCCUGCCAUGAUGUUGAUGGAAUAUUGCUAAUUUGGUUGAUUGGCUAAUGGCUAUCAUACCAAUAUUCUGAAAGUGUUGAUCAGUCACAGUAUUGAAUACUGGAUUAUCUAGUCCAGAUUCAGUUUUAUACAAGUGUCAUGUAAUUGGAAUAGUCUUAGAGCGCUGUGAGCGGUGACAAAGUGGAUUGUGUGGUCAGACUCUGUGACGUUGUUACUUGUGUGUCAUGGUACCCAAACAGUGCGGAUUCUUCCUCACAAUAUCUAGACCUGUCUGGUCUAGACUCUAUCAUUUAAAAUACCCGUGAAGGUCCGGGUUAGAAUGAACCUUGGGAUCGGGUGGUCAGGCUCGCUGACUUGGUUGA